AUGGACUCUAACUCUAAGCAAAACCUGAAGCAAAUCAACGAGUCCAUUGAGAAAACCUUAGCGCUUAUCCAUCAACUUACUCUUACUGUCUCUAACUAUGAUGAUGCUAUGCAAAUGUCACUCUUCCAACGCAUCAAUGGUCUUGUUGCGGAGCUUGACAACAUGGUGAAAUUGGCAGAAAACUGCAACAUUGAGGUUCCAAUGGAGGUUGUAAAUUUAAUUGAUGAUGGGAAGAAUCCAGAUUUAUUUACGAGACAUGUUAUAAACAACUGUAUUACAAAGAAUCAGAUCACCAAAGGAAAAACGGAUGCUUUCAAGGAUUUUCGCAAGCAUUUAUUUGAGGAAUUAGAGCAAAACUUUCCUGAUGAAAUUGAGACAUUUAGAGAGAGUCGUGCUGCUUCUGCUGCGGUAAGUUUGCAUUUGGCGCAGACACAAAGUGUAGAUCCUAAUGGAGAUGCAACGCUUAAUGAAAAGCAUUGA